CAAAUUGCAAAUGAACUUUGGUUUUCAGCGAAUUAUAUGACUUUAGAAUCAAAGAAAACCAAAAACAACGGUGCACGUUUGUUUAACGGCAAACUUGCAGGAUCGAAAAUCGAGUGGAUGACAUUGUUGUCCAGCAGUUUUCUGUGGCGGCUGUCUGUUUACUACAUGGUGGUGUUCGGCGUACGGACCUGUUGCGAGAACUGGGCACAACUGCUGAUUACUGAACAGAAAAAAUUUGCGUUCAUUAGCUCGUUCGAACUCGGCGGCAUGAUCAGCGGUAUCUUCACCGGAUACGGCACUGAUAUGCUUAUGCAGCGAAACGUAUGUCUUCAACAGUUGCAUACUUUUCGUUUUCUCGCAAUUUUCGGGUUUCUGUUAGGGGCUGCGCUUUAUGGCAAUAUCAACAUCUUUGGAAUAGUUGCGACCGAAUGUGCCCCAGAAAACCUCAGUGGAUCCUCGCACGCCGUCGUCACUCUGGCAGCUAACAGUAAAAUCGAUUCGAAUUGA